GGCCUUCUCGCUAGUUCAAAACAAACUUUUUGACAUUGUCAGAUUCAGGCUCUAUCCUUGGACGACUUGAGCAAUAUGCUGGCAGUAAAGACAUUGGUGUAUUGCGGGCGAAGUAUCAGCAGCUUAAUGAGGACAAAUGUGCACAGUCCUGAAAUAGAAAAUCUACUGCAAUGUUUGAGAACGACCAGUUAUAUACAAAACAGAAAUCAAUCUGGCGGGGUGAACUUGCGAGGACGUGACCUUCUUACACUUAAGCAACUCACAGCUGCAGAAUUGCAGCAGUUGCUAUGGACAGCAAUGGACCUCAAGACUAGGAUCAAAGACAAUCAUGAAAUCUAUCAGCCUCUACUGGGUAAAUCUUUGGCUAUGAUCUUCCAGAAGAGAAGCACACGGACAAGGAUCUCAAAUGAAACAGGUAUGGCACUACUUGGUGGUCACCCUGUAUUCCUGAGUCCUCAAGACAUUCAUCUUGGAGUCAAUGAGUCCAUUAAAGACAGCGCAAGGGUGCUCUCAGGUAUGUGUGAUGGUAUUCUUGCAAGGGUAUAUGGACAUGAGGUUGUGACUGAGCUAGCAGAAUAUAGCAGUGUUCCUGUCAUCAAUGGACUUUCAGAUCUUUACCAUCCUUUGCAGAUCCUAGCAGAUUUCAUUACACUACAGGAAUACUUUGGUUAUCUUCAAGGAUUAAAGAUUGCGUGGGUUGGUGAUGGUAACAAUAUAACACAUUCAUUUCUUAUGGGAUGUCCUUUGAUGGGUAUAGAACUACGCAUUGCCACUCCAAAGGGUUAUGAAGUGGAUCCAGCAGUUAUGCACGAUGCAUUGAAACUCUCAGCUAAGCAUGGCUCUUGUAUCAGUAUUAGCAAUGACCCGAAGGAGGUUGCCUACAGGGCUGAUGUCAUAGUAACUGAUACAUGGAUCAGUAUGGGACAAGAGGAAGAGAAAGAGAAGAGACUGAAUGACUUCCAUGGAUACCAGAUUGACAGAAAGUUGGUCAAUGAGAUGGCAGCCAAGUGGGUGUUCCUACAUUGUUUACCACGCAAAUCUGAAGAAGUGACAGAUGAUGUUUUCUACGAUACAAAACAUUCUCUGGUUUGGCAGGAGGCGGAGAAUCGCAAAUGGAGUGCCAUGGCUGUGAUACUACAUCUACUAGGAGACCAUAGCUGUAAAAUAGACAAACCAAACUUUCAAAGAGAGUAAAAGUAAUACCAGAACAAGGAACUGCUUAAGACUUUUGAGGGAAAAUAAAGGUGAAGGUAGAUGCCUACUUGAGGUGAAUUUGGUUGCUUGAGUGACUUGAGUUCAUGUGAUUAAAUAGAACCUGAAUUGAGAUCAAACUAAAAGUGAUGAUGGUUUCUAAAUGGAAAUCAAACUUUGAGGUGAAUUAAAAUGAUAAUAUGUCCAAUACUAGAACUUUGAGGUGAAAGAAAUGUCAACUCAUUUGAAGCUGAUCAUGGUAUUCUAAAUGACCUCAGAUAUUCCUCAGUUGAGAUUUGUUAAGCAGCCUAACUUUGAAGAUUACUGUUAAAUAAAUAAGAUGGUGGCCACGUUUUUAAAUGACAAAGGAAAGAACAGAGAAGAUUUAUAUGAGUAUGAGGACGAGGCAAACACUCAAAAUUGUGAAGAACUGUAAGGGAGAAACAAAUCGAUCCACUAUUCUGAAUGGUCGGCAGUUUCGUUCAGUGCAAAUUCUGUGGUUCAAAAUUCAAAAUGGCACAUAAAAUUGACAGUGAAACUGCUUGAAACAGCUUAAAUCGGGACAUUGGUUCAACUGUUACCAUUGAAAAGUGCUCUGAAUGGUGAAAAACUGCAUGAUU